AUGUCCACCGAGAAAGGAUACCCGCUCGAAGAGCAACCGAAACAAUCGCCGUACGCCGCGUUGGCGUUCGCCGCGGCGUCCUUCGCCGGCGUGAUGUCGAUAGCCUCUGUCGCACUCGUGAAUAAUCUCAACGACGAUACCAACAUUCUCUUGGCGAAUGAAUGCUUGGGCACAGAUUCUUUAUCUGGCAUUACCAACGCCGGCGUCGCUCGCGACGCCCACCUCGCUCGAAUGGAACACGCGAUCAGCGAUUUUCAAUCCCCGGAAGCGUUCGAAGCCAUUCACAAUAACUACGACUCCAUCUACCCGAAAAUGUCAAACGCGGCGGACAGGAAGAGUGCGUUCAUGAAGCAACUCAAGCCUCUCGGCUGGCACACGGCGAGAAUGGCGGAAGCGAGCGACGCCGGCUCCAAGGCGGAGUACCGCGUAGACGGCAAAGACGGGGACGUUGAUUUCCCCCACGGGAACUUGAAACCAAUCUAUACGAUCGGCGAGUACGAUGCAACGACGGGUUACAUGCCCACGGGUGUGCCGGAUGGUAUGGGUGCGAUGAAAUUGAAUGAUGUUACGAUGCGUUUCAUUUCCCAAUCCGAGUCGUACGGUUUCCUUGGGGACGCUGGAGAGGAAUUCCCCACUUUCCCCAUGGAUGUAAACAAUGGUGCCGCUAAGUUCACCGGGUCGAAGGCCUACUACGUCGAUUACGACAUCGCCCAGAUGAAGGAAUUCAUGACGCAUUCUGGACCUGCCGCGCCGAUGAUUCGCGGUGCUGGAAGUAUUAUCGAAACCGUGGUGAACCUGAAGGGUGAACAAGUCGAGGCGCGUUCCACUGUCGCGAACACGCCUCACUCCAAGCCGCACUAUUCGCAAACUUCGGCGAGUGGUGUUCACGUUCAAAUUGAUGCUACCAACGCGGACUCAUUGACAUCGCAGACGUGGAACUUCAUGAGCUUCUGCUCUUCCCACUUGGAAGAGAAGCAUCAAUGGGGUGAAAAUAUUGGUUUUGAAGACGAUAUUUACCUCGUUCCAGAAGAGUGGGCCGAGUGUGAGGACAGCAGAGUGAGAGACUACGGCUACGUCGGUUUGCCUAUGCACGCUGUUGAUCUUCAAACCAAAACUUCGUACGCCGUCGGCGCCAUUGGUCAAGGUGGCUACGAAAAGGUCGUGGAAGUGAAUUGCGGCAACUCCAGAUUUGCCUGCUUAUCUAUCUCCGGAUACAACGGCAACUUUGGUGAUGACGUUGUAAAACCGACUUUUGUUGCUCGCAAGGCAGCUGUCACUCCGACGCGUAGCGACGGUAGUGCCUGGGUUUACACGCAAAACGUUGUCCCUGCGAGAGUGUACAUCGGUUUGAAGGGGUACACCGCUGCGGGUGUUGAUUGCGCUGCUACCAGCUCUUGCGGGUUCCUCGAAAAGAACGGUUUGGCUUACGGGAAAGUGUAUGGCUUUGCUGUCGACUCCAGUACUGCGGACAGAGAUGCGUUCCACAAAGAUGCGCUCCACGCAUCUACUCCUACUUUGUCAGGCACGUGGGCUUCCACGAACUGGCAAUGGGAUGGCACCGUCAAGGAUUUUGAACAUGACCUUGCGUGGGAGUUCCAAGAGUCUCCGAUUAUUGACGGCGCAGCGUCUACUACGCACAAAUUUUGGACCGCCAAGGGAAGAGACGAAGAUGGUGCAAAGACUGAGCACAACUCUCCAGACCCUGGGUUUGAUAAGUUUGGUACAUUCGUCCAAGGUUCAACUGCUGGUUAUUACGGCAUUUAUUCUACCCCGACCCUCAAAACAGUCUUGGACGGUUUGACGGGUAGUGCCUUGCCGUCUUCCAUCCCAGCGACGUACGAGCUCCUCGAAGGAGAAUCUGACGUUACUGCUCGUAUCCACUUAGGCGGUAAGGGGAAGCGCGCAGAUGGUGGAAACCAAACGAUGAUGUAUGACGGUAAAGACAAAGCAACCUUUGAAGACAUUGAUGGUUUGGAAUGGAUCCGUGCCUCUGAUGGAGAUUACUUCGUCAUCCAAGAGGAUGGUGGUAAUAAAUAUGGUGAGCGCAUGUUCAUCUCGAAAAGGCCGGAGGCGGGUGCUAAUCCGCAAUAUCACUUUAUCGCGCAAGCCGGUGGAUCGAAGAACACGAGAUCGAUGUCUAAAGUUUCCGUGCCUCCGAAAACGUGGGCAAGGGCAGCCUCAUUCGAGUUCUCUGGUGUCGUUGAUUUCUCAGGCAUCCUCUCCCAAUCGACUUUGGGUGGUUUCGCGAGAAGAACUGCAGAAGCAGCUGUGGCCAUCAACGACAAGAUCAUCGCUCUCGGUCUCCAAGCCCAUGGAAUUGCCGGCGGUUUGAUCCAAGCUUUCGGUCUCGACCGCGGAGGACAAGUAUAUGCCUGGAAGCCACAGCUCUGA